AAGCUGGCAGGAUGAUCAAGAGGAUCUCUCCUCCUGAGCUCACAGUUCGCAGAAACACUGAAGCAGCGCGCAGCGAAGGAGAGCAGCUCAUCCAGAUCGGUGCCAGACGCACGCUCGGAUUAUUUUCUUCUUCUUCUAGAGACUUUUUAUUCUUUUUUUUUAUUGUAUGAAGAAAAGCUACAUUAAAAUCUGGUGCUUUAUUGUCCCACGUUCGGAAUAUCGCUGUGGAUCAAACAGGAGCAGCUCUCGACGCGCAGAAAUCUCGAUCAGAAGUUAAAGGGGAUCGUUUUUUUCCAAGCGGCUGAUUUUCACAAUAAGAGAAGAAGAAGAAGGAAAAAGCUGCCAGGUCGACUUUGUCUAAGAGCUUUUUUUUUUUUUUUUUUUUCCCCCAAUUCUGCCGCCCCAGAAAUGGUGGGGCACCUACAUUUACAAGCGAUGGAUGAGAGCCUGAAAGGAAAGAACCGUGACGGGCUGCUCGACAGCCCGGACUCGGGUUUGCCCCCCAGCCCCAGUCCGCCCUUCUGCUCGCUGUCUCCGGCUCCCGUCGAGACGCGCUCCGUCGACAGCAGCCACGGAUGUUACAGAAAGGAGAGCAGAGAGGGCAAGCUGCUGCCCUACCUGCUGCUGAGCUGUGCAGGAACAGACCCGAAGUCUCGCAUGCACCCGGUGUUCUACGGAGAGAGCAUCGAGGUCAACACCAAACCGGAGCAGGAAAUCAAGUGCACGUCUGCAGUCAAGUACGACUCCGACAAGCACUACCGAGACCGGGUGGUGUGCGCCCCGGUUCCCAUGCCCACUUCCUUCAGCGAGACGGUGGUGGCGGUGCAGAACUGCACUUGGAGAAGCUACAAGACGCAGGUGUACCUGGAGCCGCGGCAGAAGCCCGUCAGCUACCAGAGCACCACCAUCAUCUACCCAAAACACGCCAAGAACACUUACCGCACCACCCUAAAUUACAACCCCACGGGCGCCCGGCGCUGGUUCGUGUCCACGGUGCAGCUGGAGUCCAGCGAGGACACGAGCCCCUGCGUCAUCUACACGGAGGACCUGUAGGGCUGCAUGGCGCCAUCAAGGGACUUCAUUUGAACUCUUACCUUUUAUUUUUUCAGAAAAAAACAAAAAAUAGUGUGUUUUUCUCACGAUAAGGAAUUUGGACAGAUCCACACCGAAAGAGAAGCGCCUGGAGUUUUAAACACCCGCUCUUAACCUGGGAGUCAGAGUACUUUUGAUCUUCUGCUGUGGCGGUCUUGAUUGGGGCCUUCGAUGCUCUGCAGCUGCCCUGCAGUGGCUAAUGUCUUAUUUAGCACGAGAGCUAACAAGCUCAGGGCUUGUGCUCCCCCUUUUGGUGGGCCUGGAGCCUCGGUAAUGGUAACCUUCAGAUUCCUGGUGUCUGUAUAUACAGAAAAGGGGAAAAAAAUAAAACAUACUGACACGUGCUGUGGAUUUUACCCAGUCACACCGAUGCAAAGUGUUCUGAAUAUAGCUCUAUUGCACUUGUUUUCUACAUGUCGCAGUUCCCUCAGAGGACCUGGCGUAGUGGUGGGGAAUUUCUGUGCUGCCUCUGAAAAGUGGACCAAAAAUAGUUUAUUUCCUUUGAGUAACUCCAUACGCUGGAGACCAGAAAACUCCAAAAGCGACUCUGAGCAGCAUCUCUUCUCAUCAGCCGAGGUUUCUGAGGACACGAGCACACGGUGAUCUGAAAACCAUGCCAGAUAAUCACCGACUUAGCUUUCCAUUUUGAACUCGGUAGACAGGAUCCUAUCUUGGUGGCGCUGAAGGGCUGCGAUAAAAACGCUGGUCACAACUGAGUUCUAUUCAUUAAAAUGUAGAAACUGGAAUUACUUGGGACUGUGUGGCUGUAAGACUGCAUUGUCUGAACUUAAGGGACAAGUGGAGGGAAGGGCCGUUUAGGGGAAGGUGAGUGAAUUUCACACAGGAAAUAAAAACUAAAGACAAGGGAGAAAAUGUAUUUAGUAUGAAUCCAGAACAGACGGGCACAGAAGCUAGCAGCUUGUUCAAGAAGAGCUGAGACCAAAGGUCGAUCCGUGGAAGUGCGACACCAAUAAACUUCCUGUGGAAAACAGGUCUGAAUGGAACAUGACUCAUCUUUAGUAAUAAUAACACUAAAUUUACGCCAACUUAAACGACAAAAUGUAUGAUCUUGACUGCUUUAUUUUUGUGCCAUACAGUUAUUCUGACCUGAACAUGUUCUCUGCUCAGUACAUGUUUCAUACAGGAAGAUCACUAGUGACGGACCGCCUCCAAUGAGCCUCGUUGCGUAAAUAACCAGUCAACGCAGGCGGGACAAUGUUGCUGUUAGCUUCGGCCUUCAGGACCAACUAGUCUGAGAGUAUACUAAAUAUAUAUAUGGGCCAGUAAACUGAAAAAAUUGAAAUAUUUUACAAUUUCAAAGAUUUUAUAUCAAUGCUCCUUUUAUGCCAGAGAAAGUGCUGUAGCUACCAGAAGGUGCUGCACACUGCCUCACAGCUGCCUGAAAGAAGGUCACUACAGUUUCCCUGACUUGCAAAAAAAAAAAAAAAAGUUUCGCUGCUUGAAAACUUGGGUGUGGAAGCAAAGGAGUGGCCCAGAUCAGUCGUGUUUACACAACAACAUUUAAAAGCAAUCUAAAAAAGAUAACGACAUCGUUAGCAGAUAAAUCUGGAUGUUAUGGGCGUGUUGGUGUCGCAUUUUAACUCGAGGCUGCCAUCCCGGCCCAUGCAGAGUUUAAAGCAACCUAUGGGUCAGAGUGGAGGCGGACUGACAGGAGGACAGUGCGGUGAGAUGGGUGAACAGUAAGUGUAGACAGAAAGAGGAAUAUUUGCAAAGAACGAAUACAUAAGAAAGGGGAAAUGGUUCUCGCUGAGGUUUUUGGGGUUUUUUGUACCAAACAAGAAGUUCCUGGGAGGUUUGAGUUGGGCCUUGUGUUGACGGUCUGUGAUACGUUUGGUUCUGAUGGAAGAAAGCAGAUGGAUCUCAUAUUUAAUACCUUGGAGGUUUUAUGCGUGAUUAUUGUUUUUUUUUUGUGUGUCUUUAACACUUGACGUAAGAUUUGAUACUGUAAAAUAUUGUCCUGUUGUAUAUGUGGCAUCGAGGCACUUCAUAAUUCUCUUUAUAUUUUUGUACGUCAAUCAUUGUUCCAGUUCCAAUGAGAGGUAUUAUUUAAGAAGAUGUAUAACCUUUAAUGAAUAAUUAUAAUAAUAAAGCAAAACAAUUCCCAAA